GAGCGUUACCUCGUACGUCAUCAGCACGCGACUCCAGUGUUGAACGCGCCAUUCCUACAGGCGUGUGUUUCACUCUUCCAUCACAUUACCAUCGGAUCAACCUUAAUAGCGGAUAACGCUGCGGGACUGAUUCUUCUUCACCGUCAUUCUUUGAGAUAUAUCCAGCUAUGGAUAUAGACGGUGCCAGUUCAGUGGUGCUGCAGGCCUUAACCCAAGCUACCAGUCAGGACACAGCUGUGCUGAAGCCUGCAGAGGAGCAGCUCCGGCAAUGGGAGACCCAGCCAGGCUUCUACUCGGUCCUUCUGAAUAUCUUCAAUAACCACAUGCUGGAUGUGAACGUCAGGUGGCUGGCUGUGCUCUACUUCAAAAAUGGCAUUGACAGAUACUGGAGGAGAGUAGCACCUCAUGCUUUAUCAGAAGAGGAGAAGACAUUGCUGCGUGCUGGUCUUAUCACAAACUUCAAUGAACCUGUCAACCAGAUAGCAACCCAGAUUGCAGUACUGAUAGCCAAGGUGGCCCGUCUGGACUGCCCCAGGCAAUGGCCGGAGCUCAUUCCUAUUCUGCUCGAGUCCGUGAAGGGUCAGGAUGGCCUGCAGCAGCACCGAGCACUGCUAACCUUCUAUCAUGUCACCAAAACACUUGCGUCCAAACGUCUGGCGCAGGACAGGCGGCUUUUCCAGGACCUGGCGUCGGGCAUCUACAGCUUUGCAUGUUCCCUGUGGAGCCAUCACACGGACUGCUUCCUCCAGCAGAUCUGUGCCAGAGAUGAGGCCACAGCGCUCAGCUCGCUGGAGAGGACUCUGCUUUCUCUGAAAGUGCUCCGCAAGUUGACAGUCCACGGAUUUCAAGAGCCACAACAGAACAUGGAAGUCAUGGGUUUCCUGAAUGCUGUGUUUGAAAGGCUAAAACAGUUCUUGGAAUGCUGUCGACAGGUUGGUCCAGAUAGCACAUGCAGAGAGAAGCUGGAGAAGACGAUCAUAUUAUACACAAAAGUUUUGUUAGAUUUCCUGGAAUCCCACCCAUGUGCAUUCAUACCCCUGAUCCAGCGCUCCCUUGAAUUUGCUGUCAGCUACGUGUUCACACCUGCAGGGGAGGGAGUCACCUUCGAACGCUUCAUUGUUCAAUGCAUGAACCUGAUCAAGCUGAUAGUGAAGAACGAUGCCUACAAACCUGCCAAGAACAUUGAAGACAGUAAACCAGAGAGUCUGGAGGCUCACAAGAUCAAGACGGCAUUCUUCACACACCCCACACUGACAGAGAUUGGACGCAGGCUUGUUUCGCAUUACUUCCUUCUCACAGAGGAGGAGCUGGCAAUGUGGGAGGAGGACCCCGAGAGCUUUGCUGUUGAAGAAACAGGAGGGGACUCUUGGAAAUACAGUCUACGGCCCUGUACAGAAGUAUUGUUCCUGGAUAUCUUCCACAACUACAGCCAGACACUGACGCCGGUGCUGCUGGAGAUGGUGCAGAAUCUCCAGGGGCCAACCAAUGUGGAAGAGCCUGUUCAACUGCUGAUGAAGGAUGCAGUGUACAAUGCAGUGGGACUGGCAGCCUAUGAGCUGUUUGACAAUGUGGACUUUGACCAGUGGUUCAAGAACCAGCUUCUUGGAGAGCUUCAAGUCAGCCAUAACAGGUACAAGUUGAUCCGCCGACGAGUCAUCUGGCUAAUAGGACAGUGGAUCUCUGUCAAAUUCAAAUCUGACCUCCGACCUUUACUCUAUGAGGUCAUCCUGAGCCUCAUGCAGGAUCCUGACUUGGUGGUACGGAUUGAGACAGCUACAACCCUGAAGCUGACUGUAGACGACUUUGAGUUCAGGACUGAGCAGUUCCUCCCUUACCUGGAGUCGAUCUUUGGGCUGCUCUUCCAGUUGUUGCAGCAGGUGACAGAGUGCGACACUAAAAUGCAGGUUCUCCAUGUCAUCUCCUGUGUCAUCGAGAGAGUUAAUAUCCAGAUCAGGCCAUAUGUAGGCUGUCUGGUUCAGUACCUGCCACUGCUGUGGAAGCAGUCUGAAGAACACAACAUGCUAAGAUGUGCCAUACUCACUACACUCAUCCACCUGGUCCAGGGCCUGGGGGCAGAGAGUAAGAACCUGUACCCUUUCCUUCUUCCUGUCAUCCAGCUGAGCACCGACGUUUCUCAGCCACCGCACGUGUAUUUGCUGGAGGAUGGACUGGAGCUUUGGUUGGUGACUUUAGAGAACAGUCCAGCCAUCACCCCUGAGCUGCUUAGAAUUUUCCAGAACAUGCCAGCUCUGCUCGAGCUGAGCUCCGAGAACCUACGCACCUGCUUUCAGAUCGUGAACGCCUAUAUAUACUUGUCUGCCACUGAGUUCCUGCAGAACUAUGCAGAGUCAUUGUGUAGAUCUUUCUGUGAUCUGCUGAAAGACAUCACAAAUGAAGGACAGGUCCAGGUGCUCAAGGUGGUGGAGAUAGCUUUAAAGGUUAGCCCCAUACUGGGAGCCCACAUGUUCCAGCCCCUGCUGCCAGCUGUCUUCAGAGGUAUCGUGGACGGUGAGAGGUAUCCCGUGGUGAUGUCCACCUACCUAGGAAUUAUGGGUCGCGUCCUGCUGCAGAACUCCAAUUUCUUCUCCUCUUUGCUCACUCAAAUGGCCUCCGAGUGCAGUCAGAAGAUGGACCAGUUAUUAGGCAGCGUGAUAGAGAUGUGGGUUGACCGCAUGGACAACAUCACUCAGCCUGAAAGGAGAAAGCUGUCAUCCCUCGCACUUCUUUCCCUCCUACCAUCUGACAACAGUGUGAUCCAGGACAAAUUCUGCGGCAUCAUCAACAUUUGUGUUGAAGCACUGCAUGAUGUUAUGACGGAAGACCCUGAAACAGGGACCUUCAAAGACUGCAUGCUGAUGAGCCAUUUUGAGGAGCCCAAGCUGAGUGAUGAUGAGGAGCCUCCAACAGAGCAGGACAAGAGGAAGAAACUGUUGGCCCUGGAGGACCCGGUGCACAGCGUUUCCCUGCAGCAGUUUGUCUAUGAGAAGCUGAAGACACAGCAGGCCCUCAUGGGAGACCAGGGCUUCGGGGCCCUGAUGGAGACGGUGGACACAGAGCUCGUCAGACAGCUCCAAGAGUUCCUGCAAGGCCUCUGAAUGAAGUCCUAAAAUCCUACCGUUCACAAACAUCAAAUGCUACCCCCUUUCCCCCCAUUUUUCAAACUGUACUGGAAAGGCAAGUGGACACCUUAUCCAACCCCCCCAACCUCUACCCAUGCUAUGCCUUAUCUAUAUAUACUAGCCUUGUUGACCGUCCCUAGCUAAUGCCCCCUUUGUCCUGAUUCCUCGCCAUCUUUUUUUAUCUACAUGUGAUCUUUGUGGGUACUUAAAAUGUCUACCACCCACAUAAAAGCAUCACCAAACCAGAGCUUCCACUUAAUUCUUCUAGUUUCUUCUCUUUCUGUGGUUUUAAGGUAGAACGGACGGAGGGAUGGUUAGAUCAGCUGAGAAAGGCUGAGAUUAUAAAGGAGAAUAUCAGAGCUGGAGCCUCGGACUAUAUUUUCUACAUCAACACGUUCAGAUUGUAGCAGAAAUGUGGAUAAGUCCGUACCUUAAAGGACCUGAAGCAGUGUUUACAGAAUCUAUUCUUAAAAGAGAAACAAAAAGAGAUGUAAUUUUGUAUGUAUGUAAAGUAUGGAUGAUAUUCUGCAUGACGAUGUUUUACUUUUUAGUUUUUACGUUGUGUUCAUUUCUCUUCCAAUAAAUAAGAGUAUUAAUUUUGUCAUAAGCAGAGGUCAAGCGGAGGUAACUACUGAGAAGAUUAGAGAGUGAUUUUCUUUUGUUAAGAUUUUGGUUUUGAGGGAAUUUUUUUCUUGACUUAAAAAAAAAAGGUGGAUUUUUAUUGUGAGAGUGCUGAACCACAUUUCUAUGUAAAUACAUACUGCUGCUAAUUGAUGGUGUGUCAGAGCACUUUAAUAACCAAAAAUUGUUUCACAUGUUUUCUGUAUGAUACAUCUUCUCACAGCUUUGGACUUCAACACAGUGGUAAAGAAGGCCUUUGGAGCAGUGCGGCAGGAUUGCUGCUGUAUUUCAUGUCUCGAUGCUAAAUUACACAUAAAAGCUGACUGCAAAAUGUAACCCGUCGUUAGGUUGUGUAUUUACAAUGACUUUUAUUUGAAAGCAUUUGCUGUCCUCUAACCAAGGUGGCUGGUUGAGAAGUGACAUUGUGUGCCAGUGUUACUUUGAGUCAAAAGUGAUGUUUCUUUUAUUUGAACAGUUAUUUGCUACAUUCUAGAAGUAGAAAUUAAGUUUGAUUUAUUUGAUUUGAGAGAAAAUAUGAAUUUCCAGUCCUUUUCUCAUAAGAAUUGAUUAUUAAGGGGUUUGGCAGAACAAAAGAGUAAAGAAAGUAAAGUAUAAAAUAGUCAUGUGGACCAUGUGACAAAGAAGCAGAACUUUUCAUCAUUUUUUUUUAUCAUUUGAAGCUCAUGUAGAAAAAAGAAACAUGAGUACUCAGGGUCAGCCCUGCCGUCUUUAUCAAUCCUUCUGGAACUUACUGGAUUCAUGUUUGUGUUUUCUCUCAUUAGGUUGGUCCCCCUCCCUGUGGGGAGAUAAUCCUGACACUAGCUCCUUUGACACUGUGAUAAGAGAUGAGUAGCAGUCAGAAUUACGGCCUUAUGCUUUCAGCCUUACCUAUCCUUGAAACUCAAGACCUUUCUUACUCCUCUCUCCAUUUCUUAAGUAGUUGAUCAGUAGAGCUAGGAUUUCUGUACUUCUGUUGAUGAUGGUAAUUAUGAAGUUUAGAACUCAACAUACUCUAGAGAGAUGUUUUGUUUUUGAGUCCCUAAGUUUGGUUGUGUUUUGAUGGGAAAUAAUCUUGGUUUGCUUUUUCCAAAGCCUUCAAUAAAAUGCAGUAAUCGGCCAAAAUAGAA